CAAGGUCCCUGCAGCGGGGACGCCGGGAGCGUGGCCCAGGCAGCUGCCAGACGGCUCCCCGAAGGACGCGUGAGAGAAGUACACUCCUACAACUACGUUGCUGAGCACAGUGCCCUGCAGUAGCUGUGCCGGCAGCGCAGGGAGCCACACCCCAGGCUGCCUGUGCAGGUACAACCUCUUGGCCAACCUACUGAAACCGCUCCUCGCUGCGCCCAACACCUUCAUCAACCACCCACCGCAGGGGUCCCAGCGCCUGACGAGCCCCAUCCCUUCCCAGAGCAGCUCAGCCUCGGGAUGGCUCUGCUGGAGACCGGCAAGUACUCGGAGGGCUCGGUCCUCGGCGGCGUGAAUCCCGACCUCGCCAGCGAAAGGCAAACGGCCUCCUUCAGCGUGGAAAAGCUGACGGCCCAGCUGGACGGCGGUGCGGAGCACACUCGGAUACGGAGGGCGGUGGUCGAAGCUAUCGAAUGCGACCCUGUAUUUAGCAGAGAAAAUCAGUAUUUCCAGAGCCAGAAUGAGAGGUACGAAGGAGCAGUCAGAAAGGCUGUUCACCUCCAGAAAAAGAUGCACGAGAUGGGAUGGACUGAGAGCGGACCUGAAUAUAAGUACAUUUACAGGGCACUGUCAGGAGACGUCGCAUUUCUCCUUCACCGCAUCUUCACGAGAAGUAUUUCAAUGCUGGGCUCUGACAAACAGAUCGCCAAAUGGAUUCCUCUGGCCACCCAGUAUCAGCUCAUUGGAAGCUACGCCCAGACUGAACUGGGGCACGGAACUUAUCUUCAGGGUUUGGAAACAACAGCAGUCUUUGAUAUCACUACACAAGAGUUUAUACUGAACACACCAAAGAUCUCUGCCAUGAAGUGGUGGCCUGGAGACAUGGGAAGGUCAGCAACCCACACAGUGGUCUUUGCUCAGCUGUACGUCCACGGGAAGUGCUACGGCGUGCAUCCCUUCAUCGUGCAGAUACGCAGCCUUCAGGACCAUUCACUCUGCCCAGGCAUAACUGCUGGAGACAUCGGUCCCAAAAUGAAUUUUGAGCACACUGACAAUGGCUACCUCAUGCUGCAGAACGUGCGUGUCCCCAGGGAGAAUAUGCUGAACAAGUUUUGCGAGGUUCAACCAGAUGGCACCUAUGUAAGACGGGGGUCACAGAAGAUUAAUUAUUUCACAAUGACUACAGUGCGCAUUUCCCUCAUUUUAGAUGAAGUUAUAAUACCUCUAAUGAAAGCUUGCACCAUUGCCAUCCGAUACUCUGUGGUUCGCCGGCAGUCCAAGUUAAAGCCUGGGGAACAAGAAGCAAAAAUCCUUGACUACCAGACUCAGCAAGAGAAAUUGCUGCCCCAGCUGGCAGCAGCCUAUGCCUUUCAUUUCAUCAACGACUACCUGCAGGAGCUUUUUGACAGGGGGUACAGAGAGAUCCAGAGGAAGAACUUCGACACGCUGCCAGAGCUCCAUGCAUUUUCUUCGGGCUUUAAAGCCAUGGUUACUCAGUACUGCACUUCAGCGGUGGAGAUCUGCCUCCGGGCAUGCGGGGGACACGGUUACUCCUUGCUGAGUGGACUCCCUUCCUUGUAUACUAAAAUACUUGCCUCCUGUAUUUAUGAAGGGGAAAACACCAUUUUGCUCCUGCAAACUGCCAGGUUCCUGAUUAAGUGCUUCAUGGCAGCCAGCGCUGGCCAGCCUGUUCCGCCAUCUGUCACUUACCUGGCUGCAGUGAAACCGGGGAAGUGUCCAGCCAAGAACAAGUUGGAUUUUCUCAGUCCAGAUAUUUACACUGAGGCCUAUCAACACAUGGCAGUCAGACUCCUAAGCAGCACAGCAACUAAACUACAGGACUUGAUUCAGUCUGGAGUCAAUAAGCACGACGCAUGGAACCAGUGCACAGUGCAGCUGGCGCAGGCUGCGAAGGCUCACUGCCACUACAUCACAGUGAAAAACUUUGCAGAAACUGUGGAAAAACUGGAGACCAAGGCUGGCAUCCAGAAGAUUAUGAAACAUCUUUGUGACCUCUUUGCAUUACACGGGAUCUUCUCAAAUGCAGGAGUCUUCUUGCAUGAUGGAUACAUAUCUGGAGCUCAAAUGGACAUGGUCACAGCAUCAUACCUGGACCUCCUGGCUGUCAUUCGGAGGGAUGCUGUUCCGCUAGUGGAUGCUUUUGACUUCACAGAUAAGAGCCUGAAUUCUGCACUUGGCAGCUACGACGGACAGGUUUACCAACGGCUUUACGAGUGGGCUCAGAAGUCACCGACCAACAAGCAGAUGAGCCCAGCCUAUGAGAAGUACUUGAAGCCACUUCUUCACAACACGCUAUCAAAAUUAUGAAGACCAUGACUUAAGUGAAGGCCACACAUUCCCUCCUGUUCUUUAUGCAGCAGUACAUUUAUGAAGCAUCAGUAAUGACUAAUCAGUAUUAAUAAUCAGUUGUUUACUCGCAGCUGCAACAAGUAUGAAACAAGACUCUUAGCCAGCCAUUUGCAUUUAAUCAGACAGAAGCCAGACAAUGCUGAGCGGUACCCACUGCUAUGAGGCAAUCUAGUCAGAAACAGCCUGGGGUUUGCUGUUUUCUAACCUGAAGUGUCCUGAUAGCAUCAAAACUAUGCCAUUUGGCUUUCUUAUUCUUUUUCUAAAUCCACUAUAUGACGAUUACGGAAAAAACACAUUAUGAGCUUCCCCUCAGUGUGUUAUAACUGUAC